AUGGCGGAGACAAGAGACGAUGAGUUGAAGGACGACGACACCUCGCCUCUGCCCGCCAGCGUCGCGCAAUGUCCGCUGUUCCUCCUCCCGCGCGAGAUUCGCGACCGCGUGUACUCAUUCUGCCUCACGUCGCAGAACGGGCAGCAAGUGGAGUGGCCGAGCGCGAUGAAGUCCUACACCACGCAACCCCAACUCCUGCGCACCUGCAAAAUCAUCUACGACGAAGCUGGACCGCUGCUCUACUCGCUCAACGCCCUCACUUUCCACCACCCCUCCGACGCCAACAUGUUUGUGCGCGCCAUCGCGUCGCAGCCCAUGGCGCAGCACACCACGCGCGUCAACCUGCACAUCAAGGCGCAAGAGACCUCGCUGUGGACCAGGUAUCUCAGCUCGCGCGAUCCCAUCCGCAGCUUGAAGUGCGACUUCCCCGGCCUGCGCGAGCUGCAGGUCAAGUACCGCAGCAACAAAUGGAGCCACACGCAGACGCCGCACUCCAACAUGAAGACGUGGAGUUAUGAUGAGAACCUCGACCAGCUUAUCAACGGCUUCCGCGAGGUCUUCCUCCCCGACGGGCCGGCGGGGGGCUUCCUCAACAUCAACAAUGGCACCGACAUCCCGCUUUCGCCCACAGAUACCGAGAUGAACGCCUGGCUCGCCAACCCGCUCCCUGCCUCGCCCACCCCAGCCGACCUAAGGUGCCAACACCACUGGCUCAAAGUCCAACGCAGGCUCGCCGCCACCCCGCCCGCGCCCACAAUCCGCAUCAUCUGCACCUGCCGCGUGCACGUCACGCACUUCGCCGCCCUCACCACGCCCCCUCACCCCGGCGCCGUGGACCUGAUGCGCCUCCACAACGCCAACGCCACUCCCUUAGUGCACCCUCCCAACGAGAGCUCCCUAUUGCACCUCGGACAGCGGCUCGGCGACGAUGUUUUCUCUCCUAUACCGCCUGUGAAGGAGGGAGAGCCGUUUCGUGGCUUCACGCCUGUCGAUUUGCGCGCGGGCUUGAAGCGCUUGUUUGAUCCCGAGCUCGGGUGGGCGAAUGUUGCUGUUACGCCUUUUGCGAAUCGCAGUGGGGUGCUUUUGGCGUUGGAGAUUCAUUCGCUGGAGGGGAGGGGGAGGGAGAAUGCUGCUGCUGCGGUGGGGGGAUGA